AUGGUGCUUUUUUUUCUGAGCAGAACACUGCAACUAGCAGGACAUUCAUCCAGCCCACUGGGGAGACAACUCUGUUCAGCCAGCGCAAAUAAGCCAGUGUUGACUCUAUUCACCAAGAAACCAUGCCCUCUAUGUGAUGAAGCAAAAGAAGUCCUUGAGCCAUAUAAGAGAAGGUUUAUUUUGCAGGAGGUGGAUAUUACCCUUCCAGAGAACUCGGUGUGGUAUGAUAAAUACAAAUAUGACAUACCUGUUUUCCAUUUAAAUGGGAAGUUCCUAAUGAAGCAUCAGGUAGACAUUCAAAAGUUUGAGGAUGAGCUUAUGAAGCUCGAGUUGCAAAAUGAUGGAAACCAGUGA